ACAUGGAACAUGAAUAUCCAUCCAUACUCCAUUGAUGUACAAUAACAGUCACGUUCAUGGAAUAUUCAUGGAAAUAGUGAAUAUAGUGACCGACUAUCUGUAUCAAGUAGAUCCAAUAGUGAUAACGAAGAAAUGUUGAGUAGAGUAUCGUCAAUUCCAAAUAUUCCAAGUGAGGAAGAAUCCAGUAAUAGUUAUGACAAUGAUACACAAGAUGAUGAUAAUUCAUUUCAUGAAGAUAGCUGUGAUAAUAGUGAUAACGAUGCGUUUGAGGAUGCAGAAGAUAUCGAGAAAUUUGAAUACAUCCCAGGAGACAACAAUACUCGAGACUCACUUUAUGAAGGUUUUCGUAUAUCAAAAGAAGAAGGAUAUUUAUUACUCUUGCAUUUCACCAUUCGUCAUCAUUUAAGUGACGUAGCAUUAGAACAUCUUAUUGAGUUGAUAGAUUUGUUACUACCUAAUUCUGUAUUCAGAAGUCAGCAGGUCACAGUGGGAAGAGGAUCAACAAGAGUUUAUCCGGGAGAUGUAGGCAGUAGUAGAACACUACGUCAACAUGAACAAGAUUGUAAAAUAUGUAUGCAGGGUGGCAAGAUUGUGAGAGGUAUCAAAGGACCUUCUAUUCUUAUGCUGUUACCAGUAUUCAAUAUUGUCACUUCGUUCACGCCGGAUUAUCUUCAUAGUAUUUUAUUGGGAGUCGUGAAGACAUUCACUGAGGCAUGGUUUGAUUCUACUUAUCAUGACAAACCAUGGUAUCUUGGCACCAAGACGACUAUCUUUGAUAGAAAACUAUUAAAGAUAAAGCCGCCAUGUGAAAUAACGCAAACUCCACGGUCAAUUAAUGAGAGAAAAAUGUGGAAAGGUUCUGAAUGGAAACAUUUUCUUCUCUACUAUUCCAUGAUAUGUAUGCAAAAUGUAAUGCCUACAGCAUAUCUUAAGCAUUGGUUUUAUCUAGUGUUCAGUAUGUAUAUAUUGUUGCAAGAAACAAUAACAAACACAGAUUUUUCUUCAGCUGAAAUUGCUAUACAACGUUUUGUAUUUCAAAUUGAACAGUUAUACGGUAUACAAUUCUAUAAAUUUAAUGUACAUAUAAUGCUUCACAUACCUUCAUCCGUUAAAAGAUUUGGUGCUCUUUGGACAAAAUCCACGUUUCCGUUUGAACAUUACAAUGGAGUUUUAAAUAAAAUGUUCAAAAAUUCUCAAGCUGUACCAGAACAAAUCUUAUAUUAG